AUGAAUCUCGUACCUUUGGGCCGACUUCUCGAAACGGGUCGAUUUUACAUGUUCGUGUUGAUGUGCUGUCUUGUGGUGAUCGUCGAAGCGGGUGUUCGAGGUAAUGAGUCGCCGUCGUUGUUAACGACGGCGCCGGCUUUUGAAGCACAGAAUAAGCCGAGGAGGACUCCGAUUAGGGUAGGUGUUGGCUCGAUGCCGAGGUUCUUGUUUUUUAAAUCUUUUUUUUCAUUUUUAAGCUUUUACUAGUCAACUUCCGACACAGAAUAGACCUAUAAAACUAUCUAUAUACAAGUAAACCUAUAUCACCACCUAUACUAUCCUUUCCAACUAUCCCACCAUUGAUUCAAUUUUAGUUUAAGAUCUCAAAAGAAUCAGCUCGAAGUCAGAGGCAUAUGCGUCGAUUAUACGACGACUUAUUCGAGGACUACGAACGAGAGAUUCGACCGGUCGUGAACGACUCCAUGCCCUUAACAGUUGUCAUUCAAUUCUGGCUCAAACAAAUUUUGAAAAUCGAUGAACGAGAUCAGACAAUCAAAUGUUAUCUAUGGUUAGAGCUGUACUGGACAGACGAGCUUCUGAAAUGGAAUCCAGAAGACUACGGUGGGUUGGAUAGGAUGCAUGUGCCAUCUACAAAGAUAUGGAGACCGGACAUAUUGGUAUACAACAAUGCCAACAUGAAUAUCGAGGACAACGAGGUGGAGACAAAUGCCAUAAUCAAAGCGAAUGGGGAUGUUACCUUGUUCAGGGCUAUGAUUACAGACAUUACUUGCACAUUGUCGUUGAGCUUGUUUCCGUUUGAUCAGGUAAUGCUUAGGCUUAAUAUUCAAAUUUAUUUUGAUCAAGUAAGGUUGAGGUUUAAUACAUAUUAAGUUGUUUAUAUAACUCUUCGCCCCUCUCAAAGUAAAUUUGCGUGGUUGGGGGCACAGAAUUAUUUGAGCAGCUUAAUAUUCAAAUUUAUUUGAAACCGCAACUUUUCUACUUUUUUUCAGUUAAAAAUUUUAAAAAAUAAAAAAGAAAAAAUUUUAUUACCUAAAAAAUCAAUUUUAUGUCCUAACGCCCUAAAGCAACAUGUUUGAACUCUGAUUCUAUGCACCUAUGUAAAAAAUAUACUACUUUUUUAAAAAACAGGAUUUGAUAGUCCUUUCGUAUGCUAAUUAGCCCGAAAUUAAAUUUUAACGAUAGGAUUACGUACAUCAAACAGAUGUUUCAUAGCAUCCACGUUUGACGUAGGUAUGAGGAUGGAGAACACAAUGUAAACAUAAAGUUUUGUAGUUUUUGAAUCGUUCUAUCUAUCACAAUUUAAAUUAUCUUAUCAAAAUUUAUGAUUUUAUUGUAAAAUUCAUAGUAUACAUACUAGGAUAAACAAGUUUUGUCGUUUUUUAACGUGAAAACCUAUGUAUUCUGACGCCAAGACUUUUUUUUCCAAUUAAAAAUGAAAAAACAUUUUAUGCCAUAAUAAUGGCAUUAUUAACCUCUUGGAAACUUUCAAAAUUUCAUUAUUAAUUUUUGAAACAUUUGAAAGAGCACUCCUUUUUGUUGUGACCUAAAGAUUAAGACAGACGAAGCAACAACUGUUCCACAAAAGUGUGUAAGAUGACACUUCUUCCUGUAACUUUUUAAGAAAACCAAACUAUGUCGAACUGAGAGUUCACGACGAAAAAGGCACAGGAUAUUGCGCACGCUGUGACAAAAAACAGCAUCAAGAACGUUGGGAAACGUGAUUGAAUCAGGCUUCGAGAAAACCUUUAAAAACAUCUAUUUUGGGACAUUUUUUGAUGGUUCUAAGUUUAGCUGUAGUUAAUAAAACCUCAUAGCAACAUAAAUUAAAAGACUAUAACCAUAUUUAGUAUCCUAACCUAUCUUAUCGUACAAAAAACCAAAUUUUGCCAAUUUCAGCAAGUAUGUUACCUAACCUUUGCCUCCUGGAGUAUGGAUGGAAGUAAAAUGCUCCUAUUUCCUUCAAACUCAUCCGACAAUCUGGAGUUGUACAUUCGAAACACCGAGUGGGAGUUGACCGACUUCUCCGUCAAGAUGUAUGAGAAGCGGUACGAGUGUUGUCCGUACGCCUUCCCAGACAUUACCUACUUCAUGGUGCUCAAACGAUCUCCGUCCUAUUAUAUCUUUACGUAAGUUAAUCGGCUUUUAUCAAUUAUGGGUCUGGUAUUACAUUAAUUAUGAUCGUCCUGUUAUCACAAUAGACCAAAGUUUUUUGAAUUUUAUUUGUACACUUUUUUGGCAGAGUUCAAUUUCGUUGUGAGACCCAGAAAGGUUACAAAUUUGGUCCAAAAGAGCGUCAAAAGGGUUUCAUUGUACCAUAAAUACCACCUUCAAACCCUGCUUAACCCCAAAUACCAAAACGAAUAAUAAAAAUAGCUAAUUUUAGGUUAAUCAUCCCAUCAACUUUCAUUACCGUGGUAACAAUCGUUGGUUUCUUUACUCCCCACUCGACUACAGGAGAAAAUACGGAAAAAGUCAGCUUGGGAGUGAAUGCCCUACUAUCAAUGAGCAUAAUCAGUAAGUUAACCUUAUUUUUCAUUUCCUAAUCUAAUCCUAAACCUUUUUAAGCUUAUAUUGUAGUAGGUUUCAUUCUCUAAAUCACUUAAAACCACUAUAAUUUUAGUGAUGAUGGUCUCCGGUGAAGUACCAGCCACCUCCGAAGUUAUACCUUUGAUCGGAAAGUACUAUAUUGGACUAAUCUUUCUUAUCUUCGGAGCCGCCUUCACUACGACAAUAACCUUGGCCUAUCAGAUGAGAGGAAACUCAGGUACUCCAAUGUCAGCACGAAUGAGGCAUAUUUUAUUUGAACGGCUAGCCAAAAGCCCACUUGGUUAUUGGUUCUUUGCAGUUCAAAUUGAUAAGAAACACAAGUUUGCUAAUCGUGCUAAAGGGGGACCAAGAAAUAAGGAGGUGAGUGCCUACUACAACAUUGUUUUUUGAUUUUUAGGACAGUGUAACUGCAUUGAAAUAAUCUUAAAUUUUAAGGCUGUUAUCUGUAAGAUAAUAUCUUCAAAUUUGGAGCCAAUCAGUUUAGCUAACGUUUAGUUAUAGCUUUUAUAAACCAUAUUGUAGUAGCUGGCUACCACUAUACUCAAAAUACCAAGCCUACUAUCUAAUCGACAAUAUAACAAAAUUUAGAACCACACUUACAUCUUCGACAACGUGUGUGUGCCUCCAAUUGGUAAUAACGUGAACUCGGACGGAUUGAACUCGAUCCACGUGAACUCGACUAAUCCGCCAGUUGUGAAUGCAAAUGGGCUCAAACUAAAGCAUCGAGUAAUUAAGAAGGACUCGAAAAGGACGAAACUUAUCCAAAUGGACGAUAUGACCAACAACGAACUUGAAGUAGACAAGAAUCCGUUGGUCGAAGCGACGGAAACCUUGAUCAACGGACAUAGUUAUUGGACGAAUCGAUUGUACGAUUGUUUGAGCAGGAUUGACGAGUCGAUUCAUCGAAGUGAGUUUAUGUUGAGAUAGGGUAGGGUAAAGCGGGGGGGUAGAUUAAAAAAGAUGUUUUCAUCGUUGCUAUAAAUGGGUCCCACAACGGAAGAUUUCGCUGAAAUUUUGUGGCGUUCUGUUUCAGCCAAACUUUUUUUAUCGGUAAAAUAAUUUUCUUGCCAAUUCUACCCAAUACCAAUUUCAGCGCAUCAACAACGAGUGAUCGAGUUCGAAUGGGAACAAGGGACGCGUAUCAUCGAGCGUGUCAUCAUGAUAUUCUACGUCACACUAACGCUCGGCUUCGCGUUCUUCAUGCUCGGCGGGUCGGGCGAAGACAUACGCCUCACGGAGGAGGUGAUGGACCGAGUGAAACGAUAA